CACCGGGCGGUGACGCAGAGGCGGCAGCUAGUGUCAGGUGUCUCAAGGUUUCACAGAACGAGUGACUCAACGGAAGUUUGCACAGUCUUCUGAUACGGUCUAAAGAUGGAAAGUGCUCCCUUCAAUCGACGGAACUGGGCGGCUCAGUCCCUGCGAGUCACUGCGAAGGAGCUGUCACUCAGCGGCCGAGGGAGAAACAAUGCCCUCGCUGAACGCUUCUCCAAGUAUCAAAAAGCUGCUGAAGUGUCAACUGCGGAGAAGAAAAAAGGAUCUGACAGUGUGACAUCCUCCCUGCGGCCGGGCAAUCUGAGUGCUCUGAAGAAGCGCUGGGAGCAGCCACAGAACAAGCCGUCCUCCGUCCCGACCCCCAGCCAGCCCCCCCCUCGCAGCAGGCCCCCUGCUCUGGCCAGGCCUGCAUCUAUUGCUGAGCACGGCCCUCCUUUGAAGAGCCCCGGGCUGCCACCCUCUCAGGGAGAUCAACUUACAGCCAGUGUGGUCCAGAAGCCCGCAGCAUCUCCAGAGGCAUCCAAAGGCGAAGAGCAAACCGAGAUGGAGAGGGAUGUGCUGACACACCGGGAAAGACCUGAAAAGCUUGAAGAGCAAGUUCCAACCAGCCCCCGUGCCUCUUAUGAAAAACCCAGAGUGCCACUAACCAACCUGAAGAUGAAGUUUGAGAGGGGAGAGGAGACCAUGGGCAAGGCUGGCAGGACAACCCUUCGCAGUACUUCAUCAGAGGACAUGGACCAACAUGGGGGUCCGACUGUGCGUGACAGAGUGUUGGACUCCACAUCCACGAGGGACAAGAUGGCCAAGUAUCAGGCUGCUGCUUCUAAACAAGGCGCCACCCGCUCUGCCGCAGAGGUGCCUGCUCCAAAAACAUCUGUACCAUCAAUUCAGAAACACAUUCCUGCACCUGAACGCAAUGGGGACAGCAGCAGCGAGCAGCCCAAAGCAACUCGGAAGUUCAGCGCACCGGUGAGGGAGACGUGCGUCGAUUGUGAGAAGACGGUGUACCCGUUGGAAAGACUGGUCGCUCUUCAGCAUGUCUACCACAAAAGUUGCUUCCGCUGUGUUCACUGCAGCACCACGCUCAGUCUUGGGAACUACGCCUCUCUGCAUGGCAAAGUCUACUGCAAGCCCCACUUCAGCCAGCUGUUCAAAGCUAAAGGCAACUAUGACGAGGGCUUCGGCCAUCGGCCUCACAAGGAGCUCUGGGAGCCUCGAGCUGAUGGAGAGGAAGGUGAGGAAGUGUUGACACCGAGGGAGCAAGCGGCCCCAGCAGCGGUGACGCGUCCUGCUGAGACUGUCUCAGAGAAACAGGGGCCCCCGGCCGUGGAGACCUCUCAGCCGGUGAAGGUAGGAGACCUGGCUGCCAGACUGGAGACACGUGUGCAGAAACCUGUCAGGGCCGAGGACAAGCCAGAUUCUGCAGAGAAGCCGGUGGAGAAACGCAGGCUGAGGGUCGCCUGGCCCCCCCCGGCUGGUGAGGGCCCCUCUGGGACAGAAGCACUCAGUCCAGUCACAGAGGGAGUUUCUUCAAACCGACCUUGGAGAGCCAAGUGGCCCCCGGGGGACGAGGUGCCUUCAUCGCUCCAGAGCUCAGACCGGGCUGAGCUGAAGAGCCUGAGGAGGAGCUCUUCUCUGAAGGAGCGCAUUCGGCCUUUUACAAUCGCACCCAAACCCCGCGCCGCCGCCGCCCCCCCGGAGCCCAGGGAGCUUCGGCGCCCUCUCAAAUCCCUGCUGGACUGGAGGGCAUCCUUCGAGGAGAAACAGUCUGAAGAACCAGCAGUGGAGAAGAAGCCAGAGCCUCAGAAGCUGAAACGGCAGGAAAAGAAAGAAGAAUCAUUGCCUCGAAUACCGAGCGAAGAUGAAGAGAAUACAAGCGAUGCCAUCUCAGACGAGGCUGUGGAGAUCGAGCCGCUGGAAGAGAGAGAGAAGCCAUGGAAGAGAGGAACAGCAGCAGCAGCAGCAGAAGACAAGAUGGUGGAAGAAGAACGCUCUCUGAGAAGCAACUCCCCCGAUAUCUCACCGUCCGCCUCUCCACCUCCACAGCCAAAGCAGGACCGCGCCUCCCAGGAUGUGGGCUUCUGGGAGGAGGACAAAGAAGGAAGUGAUGCAGAGGAGCUGAGUGCGGAGGAUAUGAUCAAGAGGAACCGCUACUAUGGGGACUCUGACUCUGACUCAUAGAAACAUCUAACAGUCCUUUAGUCACCUCCAGCCACCCUAUAACACUUUUUCGGUUUUGUAUAUUCAGUUUAUUGGUAGAUCACAAAUGUAGCUUUGCAGGAUUUUAGUGUUAUAGGAGAGUUGCGAAAAUGUGGAAUAGGUGUGUGUAUGUGCUUUUAUAUUCAAUAACUGCCUUUUAAUUGUUAAAUUACAAAAGUUUGAUUUUCCUUUUUUACAAUUUAAUUGUAUACUGAUAAAUAUCUAAUUCAGCCUGAUUAUACUGGAAGGUCGGCCUCUAUGCAUUCAUUAACGUUAUAUUAUGUUUUAUUUUUGCAUGUGUUUGUCAGAGGCAAGUUUAGAAAUAGCGGCGAGAGGGGGGGGGGGCUGUGAAAUGUCCCAAGGUUGGAAUCAAACCUGGUACGUUCUGUUCUGUAACCACUCCAAAGCACUCAUGCCUCUAUUUAAUGUAAUCAUCUCUUGAUCAUUUGAUGCACCAUCAUGUCAUUUGUAGGUGAUGUGUCCAAAAACCCUUAAACUUUAGGCAGCACUUUAAGUGCUUUUGAAGGACAUUCAGCUAAACAGUCAUUAUUUUUGCACUUUCUUAAAACCAGAAAAGGCCAAAUAAUCUUUUACCAAAAAGCACACACCACAAUGUUUUCAGGGAGUAAAUGUCUGGGUGUUUUGUAGCUCUUUUUCUUUUUACAAAAUGCCUCGAUUUCAAUUGUCAACACUAGAAACAAACGUAAAACACAUUAGAAAGCUCUGGAUUACAUUUGAGCGACCCUAGAAAUCAACAAAAUUAGUUUAGAAAUAACUGGAAAUGUUAAAAUACUUAAUAGCAGACAAUAGCAGUCUACUGAUUUGUUAGUGAGCCUUUUUCAGUAGACCUUAAUAUCAGUAUCCUGCAGGGGGCUCUCUGGUUUGGUGGAUCAUUUACCUGUUCCUGAACUCUUCUAAUCACCAUAGCAACAUUCGGAGGAGAAAAUGUGAUUAAUUAACGUUUCUACCAACAGCCAUACUCAAGUCUAAGUAGCAUAUAAAUCAUCUCCUUGGGCCUUCUGGAUUUGUGUUCAUCAUUUCCAAAUGUGAUCCACUUUAUAUGGUUUGUAAAACAUUUUGUAUUUUGUAAUGUGCCUGGAACAUUUGUUCGCCCUGCAGAAUAUUUUUUCAUAAUUUGUAUAACGACAUAAAGGGGCUUACUGUCUAAAAUGUUGUUGAAACACAAUUAAAAUAUAUCAAAAUGGAAAUGGA